AUGGCCGCCACGGCCGCGCGGGACCUCGCCGUCCCCGCGCCGAGAUCCACCCGCCCACGAAUCGGCGACGACGUCUACGAUCGCGACGACUCCCUCAAGGAGAGCACCAACCCUAAGUCCCUCCCCGUGAAGAACCACUCCGUCGGCGCGUCGCAGCGGUUCUCCGGGAACCUGAAGCCGACGGCGGCGCCCAUCAUCGGCGUCUCCGGGAACCUCGGGCAGGGGCAGUGCGCCCGGCGGCACCGCCCGCCCGCGAUGUUCCCGAAGAAGGCCAAUACGGGCGGCGGCGGGCGCGACCCGAAGACUGCGGUGCCGGAGCCGGGGUCGCCCAAGGUCUCCUGCAUAGGGAAGGUCCUCUCCGGCCGCGAGCGCUCCCGCCACCGGUCGCCGACGGGCGGCUGCUGCGCCGGGCUCGGAUUCUCGAUCCGUCGCAGCCGCUCGAGGAAGAGCGCCGUGGAGAGCGUCGACUGGUCUCCGCCUCCGAGGCUCCCGAGGGCUAGCGUGGAGCGUAGGAGGGAGUCUGUUGACAAGGAUGUGAAGGCGGCGCUGCCCGCCGCGCCGGCGCCGGCGUUGGGUGGGAUGAGGCGGUUCGCGUCCGGGAGACGCGGGGCGGGUUGGACGGCUGGGAUGCAAGAUGGUGGACGCGUGGCGUGGUCUGGGCCGUUGUAGUGCUUGGAGUGGGUGGUGAGUAUGAGCAUUGUACAGUUUGGUUUGGCGUGGCUUUCCACUGGUUGUUGCCGUUGUUUCGGGAGUAGACGUGUAGACAAGGAUUGAGGUAUGUAGAUAAUGAAAUUUGGUCUCGAAAUGUGUCUUUUGGAUUGCAGUUCACGCAAAUUUCGUUCUGGCUUUGUUUCCUUCAUUGCCACGACGUGAAUCAGCUGCUCUAGUUGUAUGUACACGGUAAUGAGGUUGCCAGUAACAUUUUUCUCUUGCGGGUUGCAAUGAU